AUGGCAAGGACCGAGCAUGAUCUAGGCGUCGCUCUGGACGGUUCGUUCGUCGAAACCACCUCGCGAUCGGCUGCGCAGGCUUUAGCACAACACUACGCGAGCCAGGACGGAGGACAGACCGUCUAUUACGUCCAGGCACGCGUCGAACCGAAUGGCAAGACCGUUUACCGUAUCCGGUCAGUUGAGAACACGAACGCACAGUCGAACAGUCGAAUGGGCCACUGCGGGCAUCAUCACACUACCCCACGUCGACGUUCGCCGAGGUGGUCGCCACAGGGCACGGACUGACUCUAGAUUGUCUCACGUGCCGGGACCUUUACUAGACCACGAUCCCAGCCUACGCCGGCUCUUGCAUCGACCUCGGAAGCAAGUAGCGGCUCUGCAACAGCUUCAACCUCCCAAGUCCCUGCAAAAUGCUCCGCUUCCUCCGAAGCACCAGCCCCAACGAUCGCCCUUCAUACCCCAUCGCCUCGCAAGCCCACACCUCGCUCCGGCUUUCCACAGCGACCGGAACGGUACCCACGACAAACCGCAUCGGACAACGAAGGUCUCUCGCCCUAUUUCAAGUCCUCCACCGUCACGGCUCUCCAGCGCUCGGGCAGUCAACCAACCCUCGGCGCCGCACGAUCGCAAAGUCACGACGGCUUAAAGUCCACGACGACUCGAACUGCAUCGCGGGAUCAGAGCGAUGUACUGGGGAGGAUACUGGGAUGGAGCACGAGCGGCACGGCUCAUCUUGGGUUCACCCCUGGGACCGAGACGAGGUCCAACGUGAAUGACGAGGACAAGAGUGAUCUGCCGCAAGAUUGUAAGUGGAGAAGCGCGCUUGGCAUCUCACGGCAUGGGGCAUGUCAGCUUAGCGAUUUGAUUCGUUGUCGUGCAUGGCUUGUCCCAGUAGUCGAUGAACUUGAAGGCCGUGCACCACUAGCGACGCCGCGAUACCGAGAGCCAACUCCGUCUUCGGGCACCCCUUUCGGCGCCGGCGUGCGACUGGCCGAAGGUUCGCUCCAUCCUCGAAGCCCAGCAUCUGAUACCGCCUCGCCUCUCCCUGUUCUUCUCCUUGCCGACCCGCCUCGGCGCCGCGAGAUGCGAGAAGUGGCUUCGAGUGAUUCGAUUCGAACCGCCAAAGCCGUGGACGACCGGCUCCCAUUGCCUUCACCGCAUCAGUCGCGCUACAAGGACUGGACGGCCUACGAUCUGCUUCAGAAUUUAGAUACCCUCGACCCUUAUUCACUGCCCCGAGAACCAAUCUUCCGGUUUGGUCGUCACCCUGCCGCCUCGUCGGCCUCUGUAGGCUCCUCGGCCUUGGACAUCUCGAGAACGACGGGGCAAGAUAUCACGGUGCUCUCGACUCCCGGAGAUGAUCCGCGCUUCGUUAUUUGGGGAGUCAAAGAUCGAAGAGGGCAUGCACGAGUCGCGUCCAAGCCGUCUGAAGACAGUCGGGUCAAUGUUGCAAGUUCCGACGGGGGUCAACGCCGAGGUAGCAUUGCUCCCGCGCCGCCCGUCGCGAGCCCCGUCAUGAGCAGCCCUGCUACAGCCUCGUCGUCGAGUCGGUGGAGCCUCAGUCAACCCCACCACCAGAGCGAGUCGCCCGGCACCUCGGUUCGAGACUCAUUCGGCUCACAGUCCUCGAUUCAAUCCCCUCUCUCGUCGUCCAUGACGGGCCGCUCGCCCGAGCGCGUGCGCGUGCUCAUGGCCGCGACUGUCGAACGCCUCGUCGCCGAACUGACGAGCAAGAUCGAGGUCGAACUGCUGGCCAGCUUCUUCCUCACUUACCGCACAUUCCUUCAACCCGUUCACCUUCUUCAAGCCUUUACUACUCGUUUUGAUUGGGCGAUGCAACCGCCCUCAUCGCCCGCUGACGAUGCAGCACGACGAAUUGUUCGCGUACGCACCUUUGUCGUCAUUCGCUAUUGGCUCCUGAACCACUUUGUGCUCGAUUUCUACCCCGAUCGAGAAUUGAGAACGACGUUGACGGAGUGGCUCAAUAAAAGGGGUCGAGACGAAGCGAUCAGGAACAAUCCGAAAGAUCAACGUUUGAUCAAAGGACUCAAGAAGCUCGUGCGACGGCUCAAGGACAUGCACGCCGUACUUGGGCCGACAGACACGAUUGAAGCUCGCGCCGCGAUCGCUAGACAAUCGACUGACCUGCCACCCAUGCCCAAGUCGCCCGCCCUGUCAGAUGAAGAUGUUGAUCUCGAUGUCGUCCCCGCCAUAGGGUCUGGCCCAACCGCUCCCAAGGAGUUCGGAGGAGCGCCUCGUGAUCGAUCUCGGUUGCCCACCUCCUCGGCCAAGGACAAGCUCACGACGAGACCGACAUCGGUGAUCCCUCUACCUGGAGGGCAAUCUGCCGUAGCACGAUCCAUCAACAAUGCCUUGGGGACGAUCGGCCGCUUCAAGCGCAUGCUCGGCAAUCGUGCCCAUGCUGCCCAAGCCUCAUCCAGUUCCUCGAAUCCAUCGGCGAGCGCAGAGGCGGUCGAGGCGGUCGAGGCGGUCGAAUACGAGCAGCAUGACACAGGUGAUCUGUUGUGGAUCAAGGACGGCCUAGAUCGGUACCUUGAUUUUCACAACAUACCCCGCGACGUCGCUGAUCCAGAGGAUACAUCAAGUGCAGAGGUGCAACCGCAGCAUGUCGAGGCGGGCUCGUUACAGCCGGUCGCAGAGCUCGAAGGUGUUCAGCUCGAUGCUUCAGAGUCGGAUCAAGCACCUUCGAUCACCGCAUCUCACGAAUCGCUACCCCUCGAAAGCGCACCCGCGACCCACGUCAUCGGUUGCGCAGGACCUGACGAAUCUGCAUCUCAGGGUCGCUGGCCGAGUUCAGUCUCUUCGACCGAUCCGGACUUUCCUCACAAACCAAAUACCCUUUUCUUCCCACCUUCGUCGAUUCCGAUCCUUAAACCUGCUUCCUACAACGAGUACGACUCCUCUCGAUCCGGUUGUCUCGAACUCGACGAUGUCGAUCUGUCAGAUGAGGAUGACGAUGUCGUCGAAGUCAAGAGGACGCUCAAACGGUUGCCCGGAGCGGCGAAUCUGCGCCUCGCUACGAGUGUACCUCGAGAACCGACCGCCCACCAUCGUUUGUCGACUGAGACGGUCUCUUCGUAUGGCUCACCAUGCCGACCCUCGUUCGAGGGCCACGAUCGAGAAUCGACGAUGGUCUCGUGGGUCGAUGACGAAGUCAGUGGUGCUGAACCAGGGGUUUUGCCUGGCCUCGAAGGUUUUUUGCUCGAUGGUUUAGUCGAGUCGGACGAGGAGGAACCUGGGGAUAUCGAAGCCGCUCUGAGACGACUGGAAGGUAUCGUCGACGAUUCCCGCGAGCGCAAGAAGGCGGAAAGGGUCGAGGAACAGAUGGUCAAAAGCGAGCGGAAGAAGCAAGGUCUACCCUGGCUCGCGACUGCAAGUCAGGACGGGGCGUCCGCCAACGGGGAAGCUCGCGACUCUGUUUCGACGUCAGCUUCCCUUUCGGUGUCGGUCGAGCAGCCGGUGUCUCCGACCCCAACUAAUCUCGAAGCUUAUCGCGAGAUUGCUAUUGUGGCUCCGUCAGAUGUGGUAUCUCUCAAUUCCUCGAACCCUUCACAACCGUCUGACGAUCAUCCCGUAGCGGCCAGCCCUAAUCACACCGUAUCACGCCAACUCCGUGCUGUGCCGCGCAAAGCUUCGAUCGGCAAUCUUCUGGGCAGGACUCCUGCUCGUGCCUCGACCCGUGCUGCUGCUGGUCCCCGUGGUCCCCAAGCCUCCGCAGGACCUGCACCGCCACGACAUCGUUCGUUCCUGUUGCACUGCCGCACCGAAGUAAUUGCCCAGCAAUUCUACCUCAUCGAACGCGACAUGCUCCGAGUACUCGCUUGGCCCGAAUUGGUUAGUGGGGCUUGGCGAGAUCGCUCGCAGCCUCAAAUCGAGGUGCUGGACUGGGAGGCGCAUCUGAAGGAACGUCGUCGGGUUGAGAUACUCGCCAAGGAGAGUGGGGAUAGUAAAUCGCCUUCGGCGGUACAAGCCAUGAUCGCUAGGUUCAACCUGACUGCUAAUUGGGUCGCUUCCGAGGUACGUUCAAUUCGAUUCGAGCGAUUCGCAGAGCUGUGCUCAUUCCCAAUUCUCUCAUUCUACAGAUUUUACUCACGGCCAACCCAGACGAGCGAGUCGCGCUCAUCGCCAAAUUCAUCCGACUCGCCUUCAAGUGCUACUGCCAGUCAAACUUUCAAACCCUAACCCAGAUCAUCCAUGGGCUGCAGCUGCACGAAGUCGAGCGACUCAAGAAAACGUGGGCUCGCGUGCCCUCGUGGGAGAUGCGCAAGUUCCGCGGCAUGCAAGUCUUUGUUUCGCACCUCAAGAACUUCAAGCACUUGCGCGAAGUGACCAAAGCGCUCAUAUCCGAGUAUGGUCCCCCUGGUCAACGGAGACCCUUGUCGGCCAACGAUCCUUACCGAAGCGUCAAAGGCACCAAGGGCGCCCCUGUGCCUCUCGGGUGUAUCCCUUUCCUCGGUGAGUCGUUGGUCAUUGGUCAUGGUGCUCGGGAUCUCUGAAAGGGACUGACAUGGGCCUGUUUGGGUACAGGCCUCUUCCUUCGCGACUUGACGAUGAACGCCGAACUGCCCACUUUCCUCGACCCGUCCUCGACCGAUACACCUGCUGAAGUCGAUGCCGAAGGGACGCUGGUCUCGCUCGCCGACCCGAACGCCUUCAACUCGCUUGCACCUCUCCCGCCCUCCUUACGCAUGCGACCCCUGGUGAACGUGCACAAGUUCCGAGUGCAAGCGCGUAUCGUUCAAGACGUGCUUGCGGCGAUGGAGUUCGCCGAGGGUUACCCUUACGACCCCGAUGCCCGUUGGUACCUCAAGUGCUUGAAGCUUCGGGCUUUGUCGUCCGAUGUGAUGUGCGAACUGUCGCGUCGACUCGAGCCCUGA